GAGGGACUCAGACACUAACACUGGCGGUGACCAACUGCGGAGCAGUAGUAGGGCCCCUGAAGGAGCCCACGGGGGCCCUGUACCACGAUUAUGGAGCACCGCCACCCACGAUGCGGCCGCACCAGGCCGCCCCCUGCACCGCCUCCAGCCAACUGGGCACCGUGUACGCCACCAAGCGGCGCCGGCGGAACGGCAAAAGCAUAAAGCCGCCGCCGAAGGAUGGGGUGGCCAAGAGCAACCCGAGCAAACGGCACCGGGAGCGACUGAAUGCCGAGUUGGACACCCUGGCGAGUCUGUUGCCCUUCGAGCAGAACAUCCUGAGCAAGCUGGACCGACUGUCGAUACUGCGGCUCGCAGUCAGCUACCUCCGCACCAAAAGCUACUUCCAUGUGGUGAUGCACAGAGACAAAGAAGACGGUCUCCACGGAGACCCUUCGUUCAGGUCUCGAGACCUAACAGCACUAGAUCAUUCUGUUUUGGACGGAGAUAUGUUCCUUCAGGCGCUGAAUGGGUUCCUGCUGAUCCUGACAUGCGAGGGCGAGGUGUUCUUCGCCACCCACACCAUCGAGAGCUACCUGGGCUUUCACCAGUCGGACAUCGUUCACCAAAGCGUGUACGAACUGGUGCACAGCGAGGACCGCGAGGAGCUCCAGAGGCAGCUGCUGUGGAACUCGUUCCUGCCGACUGAGCAUGCCGGGUGCGCCCUGCCAGAGGCCCUUGACAACUACUGCCAACUGCUCGAGCGCUCCUUCACAGUGCGCUUCCGCUGUCUUUUGGACAACACCUCUGGCUUCCUUCGGCUGGACAUCCGGGGCCGUGUCAAAGUGCUCCACGGCCAGAACAGGAAAACGGAGGACCCGCCGAUGGCCCUGUUCGCCAUUUGCACACCCUUCGGGCCGCCGUCGCUGCUCGAGGUGCCACAAAAGGAAGUCAUGUUCAAGAGCAAACACAAACUUGAUCUCUCUCACGUUUCAAUGGACCAAAGGGGGAAGCUGCUGUUGGGCUACACGGACGCCGAGCUGGCCAACAUGGGUGGCUACCACCUAGUUCACUACGAUGAUCUCGCAUACGUGGCCAGUGCGCAUCAAGAACUGCUGAAGACUGGUGCCAGUGGAAUGAUCGCCUACAGGUACCAGACGAAGGAGGGCAACUGGCAGUGGCUGCAAACCUCGUCCAGGCUUGUUUAUAAAAAUUCAAAGCCAGACUUCGUCAUCUGCACCCAUAGACCUCUAAUGGAGGAGGAGGGUCGAGAUUUGCUUGGCAAACGCACGAUGGACUUCAAAGUGAGCUACCUGGACGCAGGACUGACGAACACGUAUUUCGCAGACUCGGACUCGACGACGCCCAGUGUGUCCACCCCCACCAGUUCCCCAGCACCCAGAGUCACACGGAGGUACAGACACUUCAACAAAUCAUCCGGGAAACAUCCAAAAGCCGAUAAAGCGAACUUAAAUAACACAGACGAUCAGAAUAUGUACAAAACGCAGCUGCGCGACUUCCUGUCGACGUGUCGGUCGAAGCGCAAGCUGCAGUCGACGCCGCCCGCGCCAGAGAGCACGCCGCCGACGCCGCCGGAGGUGGUGGCGCCGACGAUAUCGGCGCCGCCCCCGCCGCCCCCAGUCACCGCCUACUACUACCCUGCCGAGUACCCGCAGUACCCUCAGUACCCCACGUCAGCGGUCGACACGUCCGUGUUCCAGUACCGCUACUACCCCGCCGAGUACGCCCCGCCGGCGGCAAUGCCCUACACCAACGGUUACGGCCUCGAAAGGGUCAUGAACACCGGUUACGAGGUCAAAACCAGCCCCCACGAUGAGAGACUGCAGUACCCGCCCUGCCAGCUGGAUGGAAGAUAUUUCAAGGCUGAGCCGUCGCCGCCACCGUCUGUGCACUCUUCGUCACUGGAGUUGAAGAAGAGUCCAGCGUCACCAAGCGCCGAGGUGAAACUCGAACGGCAGACGGUGCUCAUGUGGGGAUCGACGCGGCCGCCGACGCCGCCGUCGGCUGUUGGGGUCAGCUGGGAGCACCACGGCGCCGUCGACCCCCUCAAGUCACUGGCCGACAUGCAGCACUACCGGGCGCCCUCGCCGGUCAGCGCCGCCCAAUUGCACCACCACCAGUACACCGGCGAGACCGAUAAUGGACACCAACAGCUCAGUGGUGGUGAGCCCGUCGUGCGCAAGCAGGAACAACGCAGUCCUCUGCUGUCCAUCUCAGAGGUGACCAACACCCUGCUGGACCAUUGAGCCUAACUACCAACCAGUGACCAGUGCCGAGCUCUCCGCUAAUCAAAAUUUCGAGCAUCUCAAUCAUUGUUAUUAUUUAUGAACAUGCAUUCGGACAUUUGAGCUACGUGUCAGUCGAUCCAUAUUGGGAAGAGAGAGAAGUUUAUUUGUGUGAAACGUGUGCGUUCUCGUACACUGCGCUACAUCGACCGGAAAAGAGAUUUUCUUAGAUAUUUAAUAAGUGAACUUUCAAAGGACUUUGUAUCGCUGUAAAUUUUUUAUUGUUUUCUGUGAUAAGUGUUGUUUUCGUGAAUUAAAAACUCAGAAAUACUACUAUUGUAAUACAAACGAGAAAACAUGUCACAACCACUCAAAGGCCUGCUAUACUGUAACGAUUAAUUCAACUAACUCUGCGUCUCAUCUUUCUCUCGGUGUCCACGAAUCCAGAUAUGUAAACUCAAGUAUAACAAUGAACAAGUUAUUAAGUGUACAAUGAACAAACUCUUCAACGAACCUUAAGGUCCUUUUUGUAACCGAAAAACUUAGUAAGGCCUGCACACUUUAUGUUGUGAUUGUCAUUCUAUACGCACCCUCAUAAAGUAACUAAAAGAAGAGAAAAAAUGAAACAAAGAUUCAUCAAAUCGAUCUUUUCGUCCAUGUAUCAAUAAUAUCAAUAAAAAUGUGUAAUUGUCACAACGA